GAAGACAACUCAUAUUUACAGUUUUCAAAUGACAAGGUAAAUUCUAUACAGGCCUUUACUGCUAAAAUGACUAGAUCAUGCACUGAAGCACGAUAGAUAAAUGUAGAACAAUUAAAUCCGUGACAUUAACUUGAAAAUAUGUCAUUACAAGUGCUUGAAACCAAAUUGCGACAAAUUUAACAACACAACAUUUAAAUCACGAGAAAAGCCACAAACAAUGCGAUCAUUAAACAAACUAAUCCUACUACGGAAGUCAAUGCCUUAUGCAUCUUCCUGCUUCUCUCCAGGAUAAUUGCAUUCUUGAGUUCUUGCACCCUUUACUCAUAAGCGUGAAGAGUGUCCUGCAGAUGUAGACGCUCAUUAUUCAAUCGAGUAAUUAUAGCAUCGUCCUCCAAAGGCUCAUCAUCAAGCCAUUUGAAAUAAUGACAGCUAUUUGCCUGUAGUGAAAUAUUGGACAGUUUUAAGCACAAAAAAUGUAAACAUAUGAUGUUUAUUCGAAAACUUUACUUACAUUUCGAGAACCACAGCAGUAAAAUCUUUGAGCCAUCAUCUCAUCAUUCCCACAAGUUCGUAUUUUAGCCCUCAAACCACAAUUACAGAGGUGGUUGCUUGAUGCAACGAGAGAGCUUGAAUACAAUGAUAUCAUCGAAAUUGUAACAAAACAAAACAAACAAAAAUUUUCAACCUCCACUGAUUAGACUCUACAAAGUUUCGCACUUUAUAGAAUAGGUUCACAUGAUCAACAGUAAAGAUUAGACCCACGUUUUCAUACUGCCACUCUAUAGAUAAGAGUACACACUGCCAAACCAUAGCAUGCAUUGAAAGAAUUUUUGAGUUAGGGACGCCCUACCAUAUGGCGACCCAUGCUCUGAUGCAUGGCCAUAUGGGUCGCCCUAUACACGGGCGACCCUCGCUUAUUUUUUUUAUAAAAAAAUUAAAUAAUUGGAUAAUUCUUAUACAUUAUUUGUGAUAUUAUAUUUUAUAUUAUUAUAUUAUGUAAUGAUAUAAUAUAAUAUUUAUACAUUGUAAUAUUAUAAUAUUUAAGCUCAUAUUGAAAUAUAAUUUAAAAGUUAAUUAUAUAUAUAUAGGCAAGUGCUCAAAUACAAACUCCUUAGUGUACAAACGUACAAACAAUCACUAAAUGACUUGAACACAAUCACUAAAUGAUUGAACAUAAUCACUAAAUCUACCAGGAGGGUCUGAUGGAGAGAUAAGGGGAGGGGAGCACUUACGGGGCGGCAUAGCCGAGUGGUGGUGCAGCGCGGCCGGCUGCAGCCGCGACGCCGGCGCAAGGGCAGUGCUAGAAACACGAUUGAGGGAUAGAGACACGAUUGAGGGAGAUGAGAAAAGCAGUGGUGAAUGUGUGUGUUUGUGUGUGUAUAGCACUAAUCAGUGAGGGAACAACCAGAGAGAGAGCCGCUAGCAGUGGUGGUGGUGGUUGGUGGUGGUGGGUGGUGAUAGGUGGUGGGUGGUGGUGAGAGAGAGAGAGAGGCGCUGGGCAGUGGUGGUUGGUGGUGGAUGGUGGAGAGAGAGAGAGAGUGGCGCUGGGCAGUCGUGGUGGUGGUGGGUGGGGUGGUCGUGGUGGUGGUGAUUGGAGGUGAUUGUGGUGGCGGUGGUGAUGAAUGUAUGUAUGUAUUUGUUAAAUUAAAAUAUGCUAAUCACUAAAUAUUAUUGUUAUAAUCACUGGUUUGUACGUUUGUACAGUAAGGAGUUUGUACUGGAGUAAGACCCUAUAUAUAUAUAUAUAUAUAUAUAUAUAUAUAUAUAUAUUUAAUUCAAGUUUUAGUAAGUAUCUAAUUAAUAAUAUUGUAAUUACAUAGCUAGUAAUAAAAUUGUGAAUUUUUGUAACCUAUAUGUUUCUAUAAAAUACCAUUAGGUUUUAGCCAUUGUCACACAUACACAGAUAUUCCAGAUCGACUCGUACAAACAAAGCUCUGAAUGGAGAACCAUAAACGAUCGAGAAAGGAAGACGAGGGGAUGGAAGAAUGGGCUUCUGAACAAACGAAAGGCGAGCUUUCAAUUGAUGCGGAAAGGGCAUCGAGGAAGAUGAAGUUUGUUGCGAAGAUGCAGUUGUUGCAGUAUCGAGAAGAAAGAAAGGGCAGACAUUGGGUGCCGACCAAGGAUGAGACCCACCCUGAGGUUAUGUAUGUAGUAGGCAAGGCGUUGCGAGAAUAUCACUUCAAAAAAGAUAGAGAUACAAAUAAUUCUUUCUUGAGAGGACAGAUCACGGAGGAGCAAAGGGUAGCAUUGUUGGAAGAGAGCUGUGCAGAAUACGAUGAAAAAGUGAUAGAUAUUGUGAAAUCGAAUUUUGACGAGUAUGCAAAGCAUCCGUGAUGAAUUUUGUCAUAUGUUAGACGUGAGUCAUUUUGAAGUAGUUGUAAUGUUGUGUUUAUACUCUUACUAAGUGCAAUUUCAUUGAAAUAAAUAUAAUGCAAGUACAAACAACUAGAUUUAUCGAAAUAAAAGCAAGAACAAAAUAUAUUAUUCGGAAUCAUCAAAAUCAGUUUCCUCUUCAUCGGACAUCGGCUCAUCGGACAAGUAAUUUGGAUUUUGAAGAAGUUGACAUUCUUCUUCAAAAGUCAUUUCCCUGCCGCUAGCAGUUGCUGAAUCUUUUAUCAACUUAAGCAUGUAGAAACGACAACGACGCAACAACAUUCUGUUGUUCUCUUCCCUUAUUUGUCCCACAGCUUCAAUGAACAAACGGCGAUAAUCACCCCAACUACCGUUAAAGUUACGAGCCGGAUACACGCCUAAAGAAUCGCGGACGGGGAGCUUUGCACCGAGACCAAUCAGAUCAUUUCUCAACUGAUCCGAUUCUUCAAGACGGAAUGCCCACUCGCGCCGCUCUCCAGCGAAAUACUCUUUGGGAUCGGUGUAUCUCAAACUAUAGUAGUCGUCAUCCAUUUGUCGUAGCAACCAAAUUCUAGAGGAUGAGAACAUUUCGUGAUGAGAAGAUUUAAGUUUGAAGUUGUAAGUGUAGACACCUUCAAUAAACAUGAGUACAUAUAGACUAAUAAUCCACUGUAGGCAUGUGAACUAGUUGAGUUGGAAGGCUAGGGUUGCACAGCUUUCAUGGACUGUAGCCAUGUGAAGCUACUUGAGUAUAGUGGUGAAGGUGUCUGAAUCGGUCAAUGUGAAACUGCAUAGAUUCCUUUACUGUAACCAUGAUAAAAGUAAAUGACAUGGUCUUUUUGGCAGAGAUUCGGAGACUGUACCCAUGUGAACCCUAUAAUGCAUCCAUGUGAAUUAUUUUUUGCAGAAAUUCGGAGACUGUAGCCAUGUGCAGCCAUGUAAUGCUUCGGGGCAUGUGAAACUGCAUAGAUUCCUUCGGGGUCAGAUUACAAGACUGUAGCCAUGUGAAGCCUAUAAUGCACCCAUGGCAGAGAUUCCAUUAUUUUCUUCCGCAAUAAUGGUAGUCUGGUGAGUAAACAUUUGUAUGAAGGGAGCCUACUUGGGAAAUUGGGCUUAAAAAUAGUGGAAAACUUGUUCACACUUUUUAAACAAAUCUUAAUUACAUGGAUCCAAUAGGUGAGGUUGUUCAAGGGGAUACGUGCUACUGUGAAAGGCUUGCCGUUCAUAGUACUUAUCGAGGGACAGGGCCUAAUACUGGAAGAAUGAUGUCCCGGUGUCCACUAUGGCCAGAGGGGUGCGGAUACAUGUUUUGGAUCGAUGACCCACUUGAGGCGCGUGCUACUGCAGUGUUUACUGAGAUGACUAAGGAGAUGAGCGACCUCAUAUGGGAUCAUCACUUUGCAAAGGAGAUAAUUAGGGAGAGGCAUGAUGAAGACCUUAAAUCUGUGAAGGGAAAAAAGAAAGGGGAGGGUUGUUCAAAAAAUAAAAACGAACGUUGAUUUAAGUUGAUGUCCUAGUAACAUGCAUGUGUUGUUGUGUUUCUUAUUAUGUACGUACAAUAAUACAUUUCCUUCCCCACUUUACGAACCCAGUCUUAUGUAUUAAGUUGUUUAUUUUUUAAUAUUUUAAACUGAUGGACUUAUCAUUUUCACCUAUAAAUAAGUCCCUCAAAUCAUCUCACCUUCAUCACUAUCUCAAACACAUUAUAACAUUUAUGGAUUCCGUUGCUGUCGAUAAGUGCAACUGUGACAAAGUCCUUGUUAAGAGAGUUUGUCAUGACAACGGUACCGACGUUGGUAGACGGAUGUUGCAAUGUCCUAACGGCGCUAGUGGUUGUGGUUACUUAGUAUGGCUAGAUGAGCGGCUAGACACCCGGUCAACUGUGGUCAUCAACAAACUUUCUGAGGAAAUAAGUGACCUCAAAUGGUAGCAGGCAGUGGAAAUUGCAAAAAUGGAGACGAAGCAUGCUGAAAGGGUAAAAAAAUUAAAGAAGACCAUGAAAGGUGAUGGAUCUCGAUGGGAUGCUGAGGAUGUUUGAUGCUUUUCAUGUUAUGUGUUUGUCUUUCAAUGUUGUUUAACUUAUGCACAUCUCUAUCUAUCUUUAUAACUGUUCCAAAUGUUGUUAUCUCGUGUUACAUUUGUAAGUGCUAACUGCUAUGUUUCAGUGGCAUUUUAAGUGUUACGUUGAUGCUUAUUAUGUUUAUGUGGCUUUGUCAUUGUUUGUUGGAAUAAAAGUGAUGUUAUGCAAGAAUGUUUACAUACAUAAUGACACCUAAACGGAAAAGUAGCAACAAGUAGCAAGUGUUCAUACAUAAGCAACAAGUACCAAAUAAACAUACAUAAGCAAACAACGGAACUACAAACUAAAAAUACAUAAACUCAAAAGACAUAAACUACUUCUGCUUAUGCCCGAAGAUAUGGUUGCCCGUGUGACAUCUCCUGCCCUUCCCCUUUGCAUCUCUGGGUGGCUGCUGUCUCUGCUCAGGCUGGGACGGCCCCUCGGGUUCCGACUCAUCUCGUACUGCCCACGGACUACUCUCAGCAGCGUACGCACCAAAACUAUGCAUAUGUACAGGAUUAGGAGUGGACCUCACCCCUGCCGGUGUAAGUGGAAACGCAGGUGCCCCGAACACGUAGGAUGGGCUACCAAAUGACGGGACCGGGGCCUGUAGCGGAGGUGUGGUGUACUGAUCGGCCAGAAAUGACAUGUCAGGACGAUAAUCAUCUCGAUCUAAAAACUGGUAUGACUCCUGAAGUGGAGAAGAAACAUGUGUGUGCCCACCAGUAGCAAAGGUGUCCUCGUCAUCCUCUAAAUUCACCGCAAAACCACCUUCACCACCUACGUAGUCAUCCCCUGAAGUCUCAGUUGGCACGUCGGGCCAACGGGGCCAUUCCCCCGCCCCCGAAGGACCCCGUGCAUCCCUAUCUGGCGAAGUAGAGGUGCCAACAUGGUGCGACCAGCCUCCCGUACCUAAGCUAGUACUGGCCACAUGAGUGUAGUAAGUGCCAGGCUCCGGCUCAACUGGUGUGACAGGACGUCGACCUCUGCGUGUCGGAGGGCCUCGGUGACCCUUGACACGACCAAUCAACCCCUGUAGAAGACUCUGUGCCCGAUUAAGAUCGGGGGCAGCAGGGUCAAUGGCGGAGUCCACCUCUAGAAGCUGCUCCUCCUGUUACCAAACAUAAACAUGCAAAGAAAAGUCAGGCCGGGAAUACAUUCUAAAUGACAUACAUAUGCAGUAGAACAAAAGUAAUUGUGGAAGACAGUAAAAAACUUAAUAAGAAGGUUGUUUACCAAUGACUGUGUGGCGCCCUGUGUCCCCUGAAAAGCAUCCGCUCUGGUCCAGAAUAUUGGGUUAACCAUGUAUCUACGUGUAACAUCGCGGUACCAAGGCAUGUAUGCGGGAGAGCAACCAUCGCCCGACAUGAGUGGAGGAGAUGUCAUAGCUCGGUGAAGGGACGUAUCCCACAAACGAAUGUAUGUCUCCCUGGCGCCCUGCCAGUCAAUGGACUCGUUGACGACGUCGUGCAACUCAUGAUGAUUCCUACGUGGGGAGGAUGUGGGUAUGUCCUGAACGAACCCAAACUGCCUCGUGACCCUGUCAGUAUAACACCACUCGACAUAUGCCAUGUACAUCAAAGGGGUGGGAGCUGUCCACUGCAAGUACAAUGUCUGAUCAGGCUGAAACUCAUCAUCUAAAGCUGCAUACGCGCUCCACAAAAACUGUUGUACACCCAUGUUAUGCAAAUCGUACCGGGUGAUACGACUCUGAGAGUGCGGCACCUGAGUACGGGUAACUGAAGCCACCCACCUACAACAAAAUGUUUAGAUUAAAGAUGAGAAGUAGUGCAUGUGCAAUAAUUGAAUGCGUUUAUGAGAAGAGUAGCAUAUUAGAUACCUAAGCGCAAGUGGGUAAGUCAACUUGGGUUGAGACCUGUGUCGUGGAGCUAUCGUAGGGAACCGCUCGUAUAUCCACACCUGGUAUCAAAGUACAUAUAUGUGCACAUCAAGUUGUAUGGGAAGACAAUAAACUGAAACUAAAUGACAGUAAUGGGAUUAAAGAGGGUACUUUCACGCGUACCUGAAGUAAUGUGGCAUACCCACUGAAGUCGAUUUUGAUUCCCCUGCUCGCAUCACACAUCUUCUUGUAUAGGUAGGAAAGAACAGCACUACCCCACCUACAACCACCCAGGCUCUCCAGGUCAUCUAGUAACCGAAGAAGGCUUAGCUGCACAUAGUUCCCGCUGCCACUGGGAAACAACGAUCCGAUCACACAAAGUAGGUGUGCCCUAAUGUGAAAGAUAGACUGCGCACCAAAAUCCUCAGCCAACUCGUCCAACCGGUGACAUCUGCCAAAGUGUGUAAUCAACCACUGGAUCUUCAAGUUGUCCUUCCUCAAAUCAUCGUUCCCAGGAGCCAGUCCAAGUAAAUCCCGUACCAAAGCCACCCUCUGGGCUGGAGUGGAGGUGUACCCGUGCAGGAUAAGUGGACGGCCAGUGGUCCGUAAGCCGAGAAUGUGAUGAACAUCCUCCAGUGUUUGGAGAUGACCUGGAGAGCCUGGGUGGUUAUAGUUGGGGUAGUGCUGUUCUUUCCUACCUAUACAGGAAGAUGUGUGAUGCGAGCAGGGGAGUCAAAAUCGACUUCAGUGGGUAUGCCACAUUACUUCAGGUGUGGAUAUACGAGCGGUUCCCUACGAUAGCUCCACGACACAGGUCUCAAACCCAAUUGACUUACCCACUUGCGCUUAGGUGGGUGGCUUCAGUUACCCGUACUCAGGUGCCGCACUCUCAGAGUCGUAUCACCCGGUACGAGUUGGAUAACAUUGGUGUACAACAGUUUUUGUGGAGGCCGUAUGCAGCUUUAGAUGAUGAGUUUCAGCCCGAUCAGACAUUGUACUUGCAGUGGACAGCUCCCACCCCUUUGAUGUACAUGGCAUAUGUCGAGUGGUGUUAUACUGACAGGGUCACGAGGCAAUUUGGGUUCGUUCAGGACAUACCCACAUCCUCCCCACGUAGGAAUCAUCAUGAGUUGCACGACGUCGUCAACGAGUCCAUUGACUGGCAGGGCCCUAUGGAGACAUACAUUCGUUUGUGGGAUACGUCCCUUCACCGAGCUAUGACAUCUCCUCCACUCAUGCCUGGCGAUGGUUGCGCUCCCGCAUACAUGCCUUGGUACCUCGAGGUUACACGUAGAUACAUGGUUAACCCAAUAUUCUGGACCAGAGCGGAUGCUUUUCAGGGGACACAGGGCGCCACACAGUCAUUGGAAGAGCUUCUAGAGGUGGACUCCGCCAUUGACCCUGCUGCCCCCGAUCUUAAUCGGGCACAGAGUCUUCUACAGGGGUUGAUUGGUCGUGUCAGGGGUCACCGAGGCCCUCCGACACGCAGAGGUCGGCGUCCUGUCACACCAGUUGAGCCGGAGCCUGGCACUUACUACACUCAUGUGGCCAGUACUAGCUCAGGUACGGGAGGCUGGUCGCACCAUGUUGGCACCUCUACUUCGCCAGAUAGGGAUGCACGGGGUCCUUCAGGGGCGGGGGAAUGGCCCCGUUGGCCCGACGUGCCAACUGAGACUUGAGGGGAUGACUACGUAGGUGGUGAAGGUGGUUUUGCGGUGAAUUUAUAGGAUGACGAGGACACCUCUGCUACUGGUGGGCACACACAUGUUUCUCCUCCACUUUAAGAGUCAUACCAGUUUUUAGAUCGAGAUGCUUAUCGUCCUGACAUGUCAUUCCUGGUCGAUCAGUACACCACACCUCCGCUACAGGCCCCGGUCCCGUCAUUUGGUAGCCCAUCCUACGUGUUCGGGGCACCUACGUUUCCACUUACACCGGCAGGGGUGAGGUCCACUCCUACUCCUGUACAUAUGCAUAGUUUUGGUGCGUACGCUGCUGAGAGUAGUCUGUGGGCAGUACGAGAAGAGUCGGAACCCGAGGGGCCGUCCCAGCCUGAGCAGAGACAGCAGCCACCCAGAGAUGCAAAGAGGAAGGGCAGGAGAUGUCACACGGGUAGCCAUAUCUUCGGGCAUAAGAAGAAGUAGUUUAUGUAUUUUGAGUUUAUGUAUUUUCAGUUUGUAGUUCCGUUGUUUGCUUAUGUAUGUUUAUUUGGUACUUGUUGCUUAUGUAUGAACACUUGCUACUUGUUGCUA